UCUCGUUUACUUACGCCCGAAGACCAGGACUCGCUGGUGCUUAGGCUUGAAGCCUCCAGGACCAUGAACCCUGCUGAGCAGGAUGGUGAUCGGCCAACUGUUCAGCCUGAACCAGGACCCGAUGUCGCGAUACCUGCACGAACGACUACAAGCACUUCUUCACACAACGGCGCCGACACAGUUAGAGCCAGCGAGGGCCCUACCAAAAGCACCACAAGCUUUCGGGUCCACGGAUUCGCGGACAAGAACACUUUAUCUGGAUGGUUCCCCCAGAUAAAGAACGACGAGAACAACAGCUGGCGAAUCUGGAUAUCCAGAAGGAGUCGAGCGCUUAUGGUCCAGCUCGGUAUCAUCGGGCUCAUCCUGAUCACAAACCUAAGCUUGACAAUAUUCGCGGUUGCAAGCUAUGGCAGCGAGAACGGCGUUGGGCUUAUUUACCAUGGAGAUUGUUCCACAGUGAAGAGGCUGGAUCAGUGGAUUCAUCUGUUGAUCAACCUUCUGGGAACAGGCAUGCUGUCCGCUUCCAAUUACUGCAUGCAGUUGCAGGCCGCUCCGACCCGUGAGAAUGUCGAUACCGCUCACAAGGCAGGAAAGUGGUUGGAUAUCGGCAUUCCUAGUUUGCGGAAUCUUCGCUACCUCAGCAACUGGAGACGGGCGUCAUGGGCUCUCCUGGCGAUAAGUUCCAUCCCAGUACAUUUGAUAUAUAACUCGGCAGUUUUCAAGUCACUGUCCUCCCACAACUACACUGUGGCCGUCGUCAAAGACUCUUUCUUGGACAACAGCUCUUGGAGUCUCUCAACGGCCGAGGCCAACCGUGCUGGAGACUGGGGAUGGGACGACACCCGAGUCAACCCUCCGAACCUGGACUACGAGGGGAUCAUUCGUGGUAUGCAACAAGACGCCCAGACAUACCAGGAAAUGAACGUUUCCGCAUGCUUUUCCCUGUACGACGACUACUGGCAACCGCAAGGCAAUGCACUGGUGUUUGUCAAGAACGAGACCUUGCAGAGCCCGCCAGAGGACAGCCUCCUGAUGUACGUCUCAGUCGUGCCUCGAUCCGAUAAUUGGGGCAAGAACAUGUGGGCUCUGGGCAACGGAACUGGCAGGUUUGUUGCCCAGUCCCCUCCAGGAGAUGUGACGAAGUGGUUUCUUGGACCCAAGUAUUACGAAGUCGAUCGAUGUCUCGUUCAACCACCGGAAAGCCUGCGGACUAGGUGUCGUUUUGAAUACUCGCCACCGAUCAUGUUUACCAUCUGCAUCAUGAACUUCUUGAAGGCGUCCAUCAUGCUGUGCAUUUGGGUCAUGAGGAAGUGGCAAAACCGGCAGCAGAGGGAUCAAGCUAAGCAGGUCAUGCAUACACUUGGUGAUGCCAUCGCAUCUUUCAUGAGGGAGCCAUGUGAGCAAACCAAGGACCUAAGUCUCAGUACGAAACACGACUUUUUGACUACUAGAGAGUGGAAAAACCGGUUGGUCAGAUGUCCUCCCACCAUCUUGGCCGAAGAAACACACGAAGCCAGAACUUUCAAGGUUGAAGUAAAACAUUGGAGGUCUGCUGCGAGUCUUAAGCGCUGGGUCAUACUGUUGGCUACGUGUCUGCUGGUACUCCUGGUUGCGGCAAUUCUUCUUGUCACUUCCUUUACCAGCCUUCGACACAGACGUUUUGGGGUUGGUAUACCUGAGCUGUGGAAGCUUGGCUUUGGGGCGCUGACCCCCUUCACGUAUCUCGUCAUCAACCUCCCGCGGCGCGACCCUGGAGGCUUGAUCUCGAAUGUUCUUCUGGCGAACUUGCCUCAACUCGUGCUGUCGAUCCUGUACAUCUUGUACAACACCAUGCUCAGCACGUUUCUCGUUCAGAGAGAGUUCAGCCGAAUGCACAACCCCGAGUACAGAAAAGCCCUCCGCGUCUCCGAGCCGGUUGGCAUCCAGCGUUCGAGCUACUUCAUUUCUCUCCCCCUGCGAUACGGCAUACCACUCUACGCAAGCUCUGGAAUCAUGCACUGGUUGAUUUCACAAAGUUUGUUCUUGGCAAGAAUUCGUGCAGUCUCAGCCGAGGGCGGUGACGACGAGGCAAACUCAUUUUCGACUUGUGGCUACAGUCCGAUUGCGACAUUUAUCAGUACGUCUCUUGUCGUUUCUUUGGGAAUUUUUGAGGGUUAGAAGACGGCUUCUAACAGAACCACUAGCCAUAUUGGCA